AUAUUUUCCACUCUUCUCUUCAAACACAAAACACCACCAAUCUAUCACCGGAAAAUGCCUCUCUCGGUGGCGAAAUCCUCUAUUUCUCUAUUACUCCUACUAUGUUUCGUCAUCACCACCACCACCUCCGCCCACAACAUCACUCAAAUACUCGCUAAACACCGCGAAUUCUCAACCUUUAACCGCUACUUAACCCUUACUCACUUAGCUUCUGAGAUCAACCGAAGGCAGACUAUUACUGUUUGCGCGGUGGAUAAUGCUGCUAUGGAUGACCUUCUUGAUAAACACAUGUCCAUUUACACUCUCAAGAAUGUCUUGUCUCUCCAUGUUUUUGCAGAUUACUUUGGUUCCAAGCAACUUCAUAGGAUUACUAAGGGAACAGCCCUCACUGCCACCCUUUUCCAAGCCACAGGUGAGGCUCCUGGAACCUCGGGGUACGUCAACAUUACCAACAUGAAAGGUAAAAAAGUUGGGUUCGCUACAGAAGACAACGAUGGUCAUUUCUCAGCCAGUUUCGUCAAAUCCAUUCAAGAAAUCCCUUACAACAUCUCUGUCAUACAACUCAGCAACAUCCUCACAUCUUCCGCUGCUGAAGCUCCGGUUGCUCCUCCAGCAGAGAUUGAUUUAAUCGAUUUAAUGUCCAAAAAAGGCUGCAAAGAAUUCGCGAAACUUUUACAAAAUACAAAAAUUACUAAAACUUUUACUGAUCUUAUGGAAAAUGGUCUAACAGUUUUUUGCCCGAUUGAUAAAGUCGUUAACAGUUUUUUACCUAAGUAUAAGAAUUUAACAAAAAAUGGACAAACUUCUUUACUUUUAUACCAUGGUAUUCCAGAUUACCAUUCUUUAGGUAUGUUAAGGUCCAAAAAUAGAAAUAUAAAUACCAUGGCAACAACAAAGGGAAAAAAUAAUAAGUAUGAUUUUUCUGUACAAACUGAUGGAGAUAAUGUAAAAUUGGAGACUAAUAUUGUGACUGCAAAAAUUACUGGAACUUUAUUAGAUGAGGAGCCAUUAGCAGUUUACAAAAUUGAUAAAGUUUUGCAACCAAGUGAAUUAUUUAAUGUACAAUCUAUUAAUUCUGAGGAUACUGCACCGGAGCCUAGCUCCGGCGAUGACAUGGACGACGGUACAGGUGACGUGGAUGCCACGGUGGCAAAUAGUAAUGGAGGUAUGAUUAUGAGUGUCAAUGGUGGUUGGUUGAUAACAUUUGUUUUGAUUAUUGUUGGUUUGGUAUGUGUUUGAAUUAAUUAAUUUGUGUUUUUGGCAUGCACAUUAUUUGAUUGUAUAAUGUAUGAGAAAAAUAACCGGUAAAUUUGCAUUUUAUGUACUUUUUUUUUCUUUUUUCUCUCCUGUUUUCUUCUCAUUUAUUUUUCGUUUUCUUUCACUACGUAUUAAGUGUAAGCACUUGAGUUUAUUCAUGAAUAUUUCUACGGAUAGAGUCAUGGUUGAGUUUUUAUUUUGUUCAUAAUACAAUUUUC